AUGGCGCGGGCGAAGAGUCGGACGACAACACCCUCGCCUUCGAGUGGCUUGUUGGCGCUGACAGACGAACUUCUUCUUGAAGUUGUCUCUCACCUGGAGCGGGACCCAUCGCCGUCUUCCCAUUAUGGAGUCUUUUUCGAGUCAAGACAGCAGUACGGUCGUACGAAGGCGCUUCUGGCGUUGGCGCAAACUUGUGGUCGACUGCGGGGCUUGUGUUUGAAGCUCGCGGUUCAGCACGUUAGGAUGGACUGGUCGGGCAGGGGGAUUUGGUCUGGAAGAAUGGCGCUACAUCCUGAUAUUGGGCCGCAUGUUCGCACAGCGGACUUCGACCUUCCAUGUGAACCCGCUCUUCCCGAAUUCGCUGCCUGUCUCGCGUCGUUCCCGCUCCUCCAUACGCUCACGGUCUCACCAAUAGGCUCACAAGGGCCGCUCCGGUGUUUCCGCUAUCCGAUGUCUCAGCCACCACAUUCGCUCUCUGAUAUCCUCCACGACCACACCUUCAAGUCGAUUCAGACACUCAACCUCCACUUUCGCGCCUUCUCUUUGGUUCGAUGCUGUCCUAACGUGGAGCGCCUGGGGCUAUAUGGCGAGUGGAGAGAAAACUACGCUACGAAACUGAGGGCCUUUCGCUGCAACUUUUUCAAGAAUUUUCCGAGGAGCAUCUUGGUGCUUCAAUUCUUCUCUGUUCUGGAAGAAAUUCCCGAUAUAGACGUCCAGAAUGUAACGCCGGACCUCGUUCAGGAACUCGAAGUAAUGGAGAGCCUGUGUCGCAUUACCUUCCAUCAAGGUCCAUGGAUGGGGCAGCACCAACUCGGCCUGGGCACUCUGCAGCUGGUGCAGACCGCGAAGGACGUGCUGCGUCGGACAGCGCCGGGCGUAUCUCCAAAGGACAAAGUCGUCCUCGUCAACGUGGGGGACGAGGGCGAAGAGGUUCCCCCACUGGUCUUUGCGGUGGACGCGGAGGAGAAGGCCAGGUCGGUUUGUUCAGUGGAUCGGUGCACGGUUUGUGCAGAAUCGGAAUGGCAUUGGGAUGGACUGUAA